AUGUGCCUUUUGUUGGCCAUUACGGUACAGAACUCACAUCAAUCACCAGAUGAUAGUGAUGUAGCUGCAUCAGAGCAAAAUAAAAGUUCUGAUAAAACUGUAGAUUCUGAAAAUGACAAUGAAGACGAAGGUGGCCUAAGUGUUGAAAGUGGAGAUAGCCAAGACAAUGAUGAAGGUUCUGGCAGUGAUGAGUUGGAUGAUGACGCAAGUAGUCCCAGUACAACAGUUAGUCCCAGUACUUCAACAUCUACUGCUUCGCCUAAAUCCGAUUCUGAGGAAGACAAUAGCAAUGACCAUGAUCAUGAUCAUGAAGGAAAACAUGACCAUGGAAAGAGAAAUCAUGGCAAAGGAAAUGGCAAGGGAAAAGGUAAUAAACAUGAAAAGCACGGCAAAGAUAACAAAUCCCAUCACUAA